AUGGAAACGCUCGCUGACAAGAUGCUGCCCUGUGGAGAUGGGGAUGAAGAUGUGCUCCCAAAUAAACGGCAACGUGUGGAUGCUGCAGAUGCGCACUCGCUGAAUGUCAAGGGCUUGGAUGGAUCGACCCUUCUGAUCCAGGUUGAUGAUGAUACAACCGUGGAAGAUGUGUACAAAUACAUCUCAGAAAAGAUCGGUCUGAAACCAGGCAGAAAAUUGCUGCUGACUUCGGGUUGCCGUAUUCUUGAUGCUUCCCGACCACUGCUGCCACAAGUGCAAAGCGCAGAUAUGAGUUUUGUCGUACAGCGAAUCAACGCGUAUGAGGUGGUGGUGAGUUGCGAUGCAGCCGCUUCAGAGGUGAUCCUUGCCUUGGGUUUGACGUCCGCCACCCCUUUGGCCACUGCAUGCCGGCUGGGAUGCCUGCGCUCGUGGUUGGAAUGGCACUACCCGUAUCAGCUGUUUUUGCUGGGCGGCGAGCUGGGCGACGACCCACCCAGCCCUUGCCGUUGUUGGGCCGGUGCUGAGCCACGUGCUGCGCGAGUGCUUAGCCGCGUGCAUAGCUUGGAUAUAGGGCAUGGCACAGCCGAUGGGGAGAGGCCCUCCCGGCGCUGGCGUUCAGAGCCGCCCAUGGCGCUGAGCCGCUCCUUCGCGGCGGCCACGGCUCUGGGGACGGACCUGUACAUCUUGGGAGGACAACGGCUGCGACACGGCCUGGGCAGAUGUCGCAGUUGGUGUCCUGUGCGCGCGGUGGAGCACUACGAUGCGGAACGGCAGGUGUGGCAGAUGCUGCCACCCAUGCCCACGGCACGAAAGGGUUUGGCCGCUGCGGCAGUUGGUGGCUUCCUCUAUGCGGUGGGUGGUUCCAACUGUUGCCAUGACCUGAAAACGGCAGAGCGUUAUCACUUGCAGACACAGCGAUGGGAAGUGCUUCCCUCACUGUCGUUGCCACGUGAGAACUUGGCCCUGAUGAAAACAGCGGAGGGCAACAUCUUAGCAAUGGGGCCUGAAGUCCCUAGCGCGUCAAGCAUUGAGAUGUUUGAACCUGUGCUUUGGUGCUGGACAGAGUUAAAGCGAUCUUUGCCUGCUGCCCUUGCAUGGCCAGGUGAAAGGAGCCUGCCCUGGCCGUCCCAGAGGCACUGCAGUGCCUGUGCGACCCUGGCUGGGCAGAUGUACAUUUGCGGCGGCUAUCAGGACUUCAAGGCAUGCCGAAGGGUGGACAUCCUUGAUCUGCGCGAAAAUGUGGCGCGUCCUGGGCCGAUCCUCCCUACACCCUGCGCUGGUGCCGCCAUGGCAUUUCUGAGACCUCGGCGUGAGGUGUUCUGA